AUGACGACGAAUCGUCGGCUGUGGCGGCUCGACGCCUGCUUCUGCGAAUGUCACUGGCGCCGGCGCCAUAACAGGCGUGAAAAACACGCGCACUGCAAUGAUUUAUUCGAAGACGACAUGAUGAUAGCCAAGGUGAUAAUGGUGAAGAUGAUAAUUAAGAUGAUGGUGAAAAACAAUGAUGACAAUGAUGGUGAAGAUGACGAUGGCGGUGAUGAUGAUGAUGGUGACGAUCAUCAUUAUCGACAAGUCAAUGAGGUGACAAUUUACGAACCCACUUCACUUCUAUUUAGUAAGUGGUGCCGUAUUAAGUUGAACCCUAAGCUGGAGUUAUGGAUACGAAUAAGCCAAUCACCACCAGAAACAACCCCACAACUGCUGAUUAAUAGGUGUAAGUAA